GUGUAACGUCUCGGAUUACCUAAACACUAUUUGCAGAUGUUCUGGUGAGAAGCGAAAAGCAAUGGCUGAGACUGAUCGCGUAUUGUCUAUUCAGAGUCAUGUCGUGCGGGGAUACGUUGGCAACCGCUCAGCCGUCUUUCCUUUGCAAGUUUUGGGCUUCGAAGUCGACUUCGUCAAUUCUGUUCAGCUUUGCAAUCAUACAUGGUACAAACAUAUCGCCGGCCAGGUGCUGGAGAGUGACGACUUGAGAGUGUUGAUUGAUGGGCUGAAGGCCAAUGAUCUUAUUGACUACAGUUAUCUGCUAACAGGAUAUAUUGGAUCCAAGUCAUUUCAGGAGGAGGUACUGAAGGUUGUGCAAGAACUGAAAGACCUGUGUCCAGGACUGAAAUAUGUUUGUGAUCCUGUUAUGGGAGACAACGGACAAAUGUAUGUUCCGGAGGAGCUGGCUCCUACAUACCGUGAGAAAUUUGUGGCUAUUGCCGACAUCAUCACUCCCAAUCAGUUUGAGCUAGAAAUUCUAAGUGGUAUGGCUAUUAAAACAGAACAAGAUGCACUUCAGGCUAUGAAACUUCUGCAAGAGAAAGGAGCAAAGAAUGUUGUUCUCUCCAGUGGAGAGCUUGGCCGAGAAAAGGAUAUCAUGGUUACCAUGGGGAGAUCAGAAAGCGGUGAUGUCUUUCGUAUAGAGUUUCCACGACUGGAAGCUAAUUUUGUAGGUUCAGGUGAUGUGUUUGCGGCUCUUUUGCUAGCUUGGUCAGAGAAGCAUCCCGACAAUCUUCAGCUUGCAUGUGAGAAAACAAUUUCUUCUCUUCAAGCCAUUCUCAAACGAACCUUGAGCAGUGCGGAAGCUCAGGCCAAGGGUGGAACACCUAACAUCGGUCAGUUGGAGCUUCGUCUGGUCCAGAGUAAGGCAGACAUAGAAAACCCACCGACAGGAAUUGUGAAAGCAGGACCAGUAUAUGACAGUUGAUUUUAGCUGACAUGAUGAUACCAUGCCAUUGGCUAUGAGUUGUUGAAUGGCAUUUAUAUUGUUUUCACAAAUAGAGUAUCAUCACAGUGCCAUAAACAUCACUAA